AUGCCGCCGCGACGAGCAGGUCAACCUUUUCGCCGGGUAGGUAAAGCCGGCAACACAUCAUAUGGCCCACGGAAGCCAAAGACAGUCGACGCCUCGUCACUACGGAGUGGCGAGGGCACAUCACAGCAAGAUAAGCUCGAAGCUACGCGACUAGCCAACCGCAUCGAUGAGUCCAUGGGAUUUUCGCGUUUCGAGUCCGGGAAGAAGAAGGUGGGAUGGCUCGUCAAUAUGCACUCGACCACAAUAGAAGACGAGGAUGUGCCCGGCGGCAAGGCAGGCGUCGACUACUACUUCAUCGGCGAGGACGGCGACACAUUCAAAGCCACGCUCGAAUACGACCCAUACUUCUUGUUGGCUGUCAAGAAAGGCAGGGAACAAGACGUGGAGGAGUACUGUCGAAGGGCAUUUGAGGGUCUGAUCAAGUCUAUAAAGAAGGUGGAAAAGGAGGACCUUUCCAUGCCAAACCAUCUUACUGGCUACCGGAGGACAUUCUUACAACUCACAUUUGCAAAUGUCAACGACCUGUUGGCUGUAAGAAAGGCCGUUGCACCAAUAGUGGAGAAAAAUAAGAAGAACGUUGAUGCAAUGGAUACCUAUGCUGAGGUAGCAACUGGUAAUGCCGGUAUGGACUUCUUCGAUAACGACGAUUACGAAUACGAGAAACGAUUCAUGACUACGAUUGAUGCGAGCGAUUUCAUUGUAGAUAUCAGGGAGUACGAUGUUCCCUACCACGUCCGAGUAGCCAUCGACAUGGACGUUCGAAUCGGAAACUGGUACACCGUCGAUGCGAAGCAUGGCGUGAUAUCGAUCAAGUGUAUAGAGGACCGCUUGACGCCUGCAGAUCCGGUAGUCAUGGCUUACGACAUCGAAACCACAAAACUUCCAUUGAAGUUUCCUGACGCAGUCAUCGACCAGAUCAUGAUGGUGUCGUAUAUGAUCGAUGGGCAGGGAUUCUUGAUCACCAACCGCGAGAUUGUCUCCGAAGACAUUUCAGAUUUUGAGUACACACCAAAGCCGGAAUACCAUGGACCUUUCAUGAUCUUCAACGAGCCAGAUGAAAAGGCCCUUAUUGAGCGCUUCUUUGAGCACAUCAAGGAAGCAAAACCUACCGUCAUGGUCACAUACAACGGAGACUUUUUCGAUUGGCCUUUCGUAGAAGCAAGAGCUAGUGUACUGGGUAUAGACAUGUAUCAAGAGAUUGGCUUCAGGAAGAACAGUGAAGACAUAUACCAAUCGGACUACUGUGCACAUAUGGACGCAUUUGCCUGGGUCAGUCGAGACAGUUAUCUGCCGCAAGGAAGUCGUGGUCUCAAAGCUGUCACUAUGGCCAAGCUAGGAUACGAUCCAGACGAACUUGACCCCGAAUUGAUGACUCCAUACGCCUCCGAACGGCCCCAAACGCUUGCCGAAUACUCCGUUUCCGACGCCGUUGCCACGUACUAUUUGUACAUGAAAUACGUUCAUCCGUUCAUUUUCGCUUUGUGCAAGAUUCUUCCGCUAGGUCCGGACGACGCACUGCGAAAGGGUACUGGUACCCUGUGUGAGAUGUUGUUGAUGGUGCAAGCGUACCAGAAAGGCAUUGCCUUGCCGAACAAACAUCAAGCGCCAAAGGAGGCAUUCUGGGAAGGCCAUCUUUUAGAGUCGGAAACUUACGUCGGUGGUCACGUUGAAGCUUUAGAGGCUGGCGUAUUUCGAAGCGACAUCGCCUACAAUUUCGCCGUCGACCCUACAGCCAUUGAUGAACUUAUCAACGAUCUUGACGCGGCACUGAAAUUCAGCAUUGAGGUUGAAGAGAAGAAGAAGAUGGAAGACGUUACCAACUAUGAUGAGAUUAAGGCCGAAAUCGUCAACAAUCUGAUGCAAUUGAAGAACACGCCCAACCGGAACGAGCGGCCACUGAUCUACCAUUUGGACGUCGCAUCUAUGUACCCCAAUAUUAUGACAACAAAUCGACUGCAGCCAGAUUCCAUGAUCAAGGAGGCUGAUUGCGCGGCCUGCGACUUCAACCGGCCAGGUAAAACCUGCGAUCGUCGGAUGCCUUGGGCGUGGAGAGGAGAGUACUUGCCAGCGAAGCGUGAUGAGUACAACAUGGUUCGCAAUGCUUUAGAGAACGAGCGGUUCCCAGGAAAGUGGCCCAAUUCGCCGAUGCGAUCAUUCCAGGAGCUGUCACAAGACGAGCAGGCUACACUUGUCCGUAAGCGUCUCACGGACUACUCCAAGAAGAUCUACCACAAGGUUCACGAUGCGACGACAAUCGAGCGCGAAGCUAUCAUUUGCCAGCGCGAGAAUCCAUUCUACGUUGACACAGUCAGUGGAUUCCGUGACCGACGUUAUGACUUCAAAGGCAAGCAAAAGGUCUGGAAGGGCAAGACUGACGCUCUCAAAGCUGCUGGAGCCCCAGCGCAUGAGGUUGAGCACGCAAAGAAAAUGAUCGUUCUAUUCGACUCUAUGCAGCUGGCCCACAAGGUCAUUCUCAACUCUUUCUACGGAUACGUCAUGCGAAAAGGUUCUCGCUGGUACUCCCUGGAGAUGGCUGGUGUGACCUGUUUAACGGGUGCGCGCAUCAUUCAACUUGCGCGAUCUCUUGUCGAGCGUAUCGGGCGUCCUCUGGAACUGGAUACAGAUGGUAUUUGGUGCAUCUUACCAGCGACCUUCCCCGAGAACUUCUCUUUCAAAAUGAGCAACGGCAAGAAGAUGACGAUCUCGUAUCCCUGUACUAUGUUGAACCAUCUGGUACACGCACAGUACACCAACCAUCAGUACGAGACAUUGGUCGAUCCAGUCAACUUUCGCUACGAGAAGCACAGCGACAACUCCAUUUUCUUCGAAGUCGACGGACCAUACAAAGCUAUGAUUCUACCGACAUCGAAAGAGGAGGACAAGAACUUGAAGAAGCGUUACGCUGUCUUCAACCACGAUGGCAGUUUGGCUGAGCUGAAAGGCUUCGAGGUGAAGCGUCGUGGUGAGCUUAAGCUCAUCAAGAACUUCCAGGCUCAGAUCUUCAAGUUCUUCCUGGAGGGAACGACUCUCGAAGAGACCUACGGGGCGGUCGCAAAUGUCGCAAAUCGCUGGCUGGACAUUCUAGACACUCGCGGUGCAUCGCUAGCAGACGAAGAGCUCAUCGACCUCAUUGUUGAGAACAAAAGCAUGACAAAGACACUGGAGGAGUACGGAGCACAGAAGUCGACGGCCAUCACGACGGCUAAACGUCUUGCAGAGUUUUUGGGUGAGCAGAUGGUCAAGGACAAGGGCUUGAACUGCAAGUACAUCAUCUCAAAGACUCCCCGCAAUGCACCUGUUACAGAGCGUGCCAUUCCCAUGUCGAUUUUCUCGGCCGAAGAAUCAGUGAAGCGAUACUUCCUGAGGAAAUGGAUGAAGGAAGAUCCAGGCGACAUGGAUCCGCGAACAGUUCUCGACUGGGACUACUACCGCGAACGUUUAGCCUCUGUCAUUCAGAAGCUCAUCACUAUUCCCGCAGCCUACCAGAAAGUGCGAAAUCCUGUCCCUAGGGUACCACAUCCAGACUGGCUCGAUCGCAGGAUUCGACAAAAGGAGGACAAACUCCAGCAAAAGAAGAUGACGGACAUGUUCAGCAAGAAGCCACUAACGACUGGUGAUGCGAACGUCGCCAACAACAAGCUCUCUGGCGAUCUCGAAGACUUUGGCGCAGCGAAGGUGUCGCAGGCUCAAUCACAGAUGAAGAAGGGUAUUGUGACGAAGAUGGUCGCGAAGCGCAAAGAGCCUGAACCAGCGGUACCCGUCCAAACCGAUCCCUACGCUGCGCUGCCGAAGGUCAUGCCGUCCAUCACCAACGACUACUCCGGCUGGCUUAUGUAUCAGAAGCAAAAGUGGAAGAUCCAGGCACAAGCACGAAAGAGACGACGACAGCUGUUCGGCGAGAAGCCUGUCGACUCAAACGAUGCUAUUGGUACCUUUUUCAGGAACCAAGCCCAAUCGCUAUUCAUCAGCACCUGGCAGCUUGUUCAAUUGCGACCGACCGAGACACCUGGAGAGGUCAAAGCUUUCGUCCUGAUCGACAAGAAGAUCCACAUACUCAAGGUCAUUGUGCCUCGACAACUGUAUCUCAACUUGAGAAGCGAAGAUCUUCCAGAUGUCUCGAUCAGUGGGUGCUCAGUUGAGAAGGUUGUCAAUCACACAUUGCCAAACGGACAUCCAUCGAUCCAUCUGUUCAAGCUCGAGAUGUCAGAGCAGACGUACGUUCACGAGGCUGCCAAUAUCUCGAUUCUGUUCAACCAUCCCAGUGUGGAGGGCGUCUAUGAGAAGCAAGUACCUCUCAAUGUUCGCGCCAUCCUGGAACUUGGGAGCAGCUGUACCUUUGACGAAUCGCAGAAAGGUGUACUCGGCAAAGGCUUAGAGCAAGGUUUCGACCUUUCGGCGCUGCGAAGAGUUCCCUCACAAAAGACAUACCUCGCUGACGCAUCAAUGAGCUACCUAUACGUCUACCACGUCAGCAGUGGUGACCGUCACAUCUAUGCCGUUUUCUCGACAUCGAAGAAUGAUGCGCACAUCAUCAUCCAGAACAAAACCAAGGACGCGCAAGGCAUGCCAAACGUCGACCGCAUCUACAGCGAUGCUUUACGAAGACGCAUGGAAGGCAACCAGGGAGAACCAUGGCAAACAAUGAUCGACUACCAGGACAGCGUUCACUUCAAGACCACCAUGGUUACCACGAGGCGCAAAGCUCUGCUCGAACUUGGUGACGUGGUCAAGAAGAUGAAAGCGGAUGAAACCAAGCCCAUCAUCGUGGUGAUGCAGUCACCUAACCAGGCUCUGCUUUCACACGACAUCCCCAUCUUGAAGGACCUCCCUAUACUCCCAUUGCACCCAGACGAGACCGACAAGCAGCUUCCUCCUCUUGGCUGGCAGGCAUUCAUUGCGAAGCGCCUUGUCAGUCACUACCUCGAUCUUGGAUCGUGGGUGGCGCAUCUUCUCGAGCUCUCUCGAUAUGGAGACAUCCCGCUUUGCAACCUCGAAAGCAAUGACCCGCGUUUCUUGAUCGAUGUUGCUUAUGCGCGUCGGUUACAGAAGGAGCGAGUCAUCCUCUGGUGGUCUGGUCAAGCAAAGCCUGAUCACGCAGGCUACGAGAAGGAUGAUAUACUCGGCCCUCUUGAGACGGUGGAAAUGCCUUCGAUCAACAAUGCUGGCACGUACUCAUCCGUCUGUAUCGAUAUAAGCUUGCGCAACCUCGCCAUUAACACGAUUCUUUCAUCGUCUCUGGUCAAUGAUCUCGAAGGCGCAGACUCAGUCUCAUUUAACCCUUCGGCGCCCUCCUAUGACUCCGCGAACGAUGGUACCAACGUCAUCUACUCUGACAAUGCGUUUGCGAGUGCGGGUAUCAUGGUCCUCCGGGAGAUGGUCAAGGCCUGGUGGAUCGAAGCUGUGCAGGCAGGCUCCGGCUUUAGCAUGGCCGACGUCAUGGUCCAGCAUCUCGUCCGCUGGGUCAGCAGUCCAGGCUCGUUCCUUUACGAUAGGUCGUUGCACUACUACGUGGAGAUGAUGUCGAAGAAGACAUUGCAACAGCUCAUGGCCGACUUCAAGCGCGUGGGUUCACACAUUGUUUUCGCUAGCCCGAACCGCCUAUUGCUCCAAACAACGAAAGCAGAGGUCGGAAAUGCGUAUGCUUACAGCCAGUAUAUCAUCAAGACGAUCAAGUCGAAGCCGCUGUUCCAGUUCAUGGAGCUCGAGAUCAAGGAGUACUGGGACUAUCUGGUGUGGUACGAUGAGUUCAACUACGGUGGAAAGGGAUGUAAAGAGGUUGUGGAAGAGGAGAAUCAAACCAUUGAGAACAUCAUGUGUUGGCAGUUGGCGCAAUUUUUGCCUGCAACACUUCAGCCAACUUUCAACGACUGGGUCAUCGAGUUCAUUGAACUCAUGCAUGCAAGGAAACGACCCACGGUGACAGAUGGCUCGACGCCUCGUACUACACAAAUCCCUCUUCGACCCCUUACCGUGGAUCCAAACGAACAGACUCAGAUUUUGCCGAAGACAUUCACAAAGCCACUGUUCAAGCAGAUUUCGACACUACUUCGACGUCAACAUACAGAGAUGCUACACCCUGAGCUUGCAGCAGACUACGAGUUUCCCCAACUCCCUGGCUCGCACCUCAAGCUUUCGAACCCAGUGCUGCAACUCGUCAAGUCAAUCAUGCAAGUACUCAGUCUCGACCGUGCAAUAUCACUUGAAGCACGAAUGCUUCGGAAGGAACUUCUCAACCUCUUCGAGAUUCGCGAAUUCAGUUCGGAAGCAACAUUUGUGAACCCCAGCGCUGUCUUAAGUGUUCGAGGUGUUAUAUGCGAUGAGUGCACAUGCUCCCGCGACCUCGAUCUAUGUCGCGAUGCUGCCCUUCUCCCACCCGUCCUGCCAAACAACUCGGACACUGCACCUGCGCCGCCGAAGUGGAAGUGCGACAACUGCGACUCGACGUACGACAAGCUUCGCAUCGAAGAGAAACUUGUGUCUGAAGUCCAGAAAGUGGUGCUAGAGUGGUGCACUCAGGAUCUCAAAUGCAACAAGUGCAAGCGCCUGCGAAGCAAUGAGUUUAUGGAGCAUUGUGCGUGUGCAGGCGAGUGGGUGGGCACAAAGAGUCGGGGCGAUGUGAAGAAGAAGCUCAACACGUAUAAUAACGUGGCUGGGUUUUACGGGCUCAAGAUGCUUGAGUCUGUUGUGCAGGAAUGUUUAGAAGGUGUUUGA